AUGUACGAACCGACCGAUAAGGAUAGGAGAGAACGUCGCAAAAAUGCUUCAGUUGUACGGCAACAAGCAUCGGAUGCUUCAAAACGAUGUUGUGAACGGAUGAUAAGAUGUCAUGGAAGAUCUCACCCCCCUUCACGAUAUAACGUUGGUGAAAAGGUGUACGUGAGGUUACCUGGAAAAGAUAAUUUAAAGAAUAGAAAGCGCCAAGUUUUUGAGGCUAUUAUUGUUAAACGAAACCUAAAUGUCCAUUCAUAUAAAGUUAAUUACAUUUCCUCAGUUACUGGGAAAAGGGUAACGAAAUGGAUACCCGUGGAUGACAUAACCAGCCUCACCCUAAAAGAGGAAAAACGAAAGCAGAGACUCGCCAGACUAUCCAGAAAAAGAAAAUUAUCUCACAAGAAAAAAUAUCAUAUAGUUAUGGAGAAAGAUGAUUACCAAAUCGUCAUUGAAGACCAAGGCUUCGAAAUCGUUUUCAAUCCACCUGGUGAUGGCAACUGCCAGUUUGGUGCGUUAGCACAUCAAUUGAGUCUAGUGGGCAUUUAUAGAUCCCCUGAAACCAUGCGGGAAGAAAUUGUCAGGUACCUGGAAACUAAUGCGGUAGAUAAGGAUGGAUUUCCACUUUGGAAAUGAUUCCCGAUAAUGAGUUCUCAUCCUGGAACGACUAUGUCGAGUAUAUGGCAAGAAAUCACACCUACGGAGAUCAGAUAACGCUCUUUGCAGCCGCGAACAUCUUCAAUAUUGACGUACAUAUUGUCUCGACGCUUGGAAUUGGGGCACAGCAUGUCUUCCAUCCAUCAUCAAAUAGUCCAUUGGGCUCUAUAUAUCUUGGCCAUUUCGCUGAAAACCAUGGGGAGCAUUAUGUGAGUCUCGCACCAAGUUUACACGAUACUGAAGAUCGUGAUAACCUUGUUGAUUCCCAAUCAUUAGACCUUGGCCUUGACAGUAACACGGCUAGACCUACAGAAACUGAUGAUUGCCGUGGUGAUACUGAUAAAACGACCAGACUUACUGAAGUUGACUCCAGUGGCAACAAUAACGGCGAAGGGCCUAAAGGUAUCGACCUGAAUGAAGUCAAUGACCAUAAUGAUGAUAUCAAUGACAGGUCAUCUGGAACAUACUCUAACGAUAAUGAAAACACGACAGCAAUAACUGAUGUUGGUGUUGAUGAAACCACAGAUCGGCUUACUGAAACUGGUACUCCCUCUAUCAAUGAUGAUUGUAAUACUUGCACGCAUUGCCUACUGGAACAGGUUUCAAUGACGGUUAUAAACCCGCAAGUCCUACCCGAAUUCAUUCCAAUGAUUUUGAUGAUAGCGGUAGGGAAAUUGAACAUGCUGGACUUGAUACUGGUAACAAUAUAA